AUGGCGCCACCCCGGGUGGUUCUGGCUGAUCUCCCACCUGCGGAGAAGGAGCGAAUGCUGUCUUUCCUCGUAGCCAACAAGGUUGAGUUCAAGCCUGACAUCUCGGGCAAGUUCUCGGCUGUUGUGAAGGUGAUCAGACCUGAGGCGCGUGAGGGUGCCAGUCCAGCCGCCUCCUCGCCGCCCAGAGGUGAUAAAACUCCGGAUCAAAUCAAUAUGGCAGGCUGGGUGCCCAGCGCGAGUAGCACUCCAAGCACUUCCGCGCGGACAGAGGAGACACCUGGCCCGGCGAAAGCCACCAAUCUCACAGCCGUGCAGAGCGAGCUGAAGAAGCGGUACCGCACCUUCACCGGCCUCCUGCCAGCCUUGGGCCAGCAUCCGAAGACCAUGAUGAAGGCGGAGCUCCUAAACUUCAUUGAGGAGGUCUACACUGCGCGGUACAACCAGGACCUCCUCCAGAUUCAGCAGCACGUCGAGGCAGAGGCCGUGGGAGUGCAGAAAAAGAAGAAGUUGCCGAGCGACUUGACCUCCUUCCCUCAGUCUGUGGUGACUGUGGCGGGCAAGCGUUACGGCCUGCGGCGAAUGGUGGGACAAGUGUGUUGGAGUGUAGCAAAGAGCGUCGAACUGCACCGGUCGGAGCACGAGGGCAUCGAGACCUUCGCGCGCUUCCUGGAGGAGUCCUAUGACGCCGUGGACGCCCUCUUCUACUUGGAGAUGCGCUGGGCCGCGCGGCAGAUGACUAUCCCACGGGGCAGCUGGCUGAGAGCCUGGAAGAAGAACCAGGUCCACUGA